AUGACGGAUGAUGAACGUUUGUGUAAAGAGAUAGUGACGACAAUAAAUUAUCACACACGAGUUAUGCUGACUGGGAAAUCCGGGAUCGGUAAGACGCUGCUGGCAAGGAAUGUGUGCGGGUAUGCAACAGCUCGUCGCCUCUGCUACCUUACCCUCUGGUUGCACCUCACCCACAAGUUUGAAGACGAAAUCUCACUUUACGAGAACAUAGCUUUCCAGAUUGGAGUGUAUGAUAGAGAUGACGAUGACGAGAAGCAAGUGGAUGGCUUGGUAAAGGCUUUGAAGGAGAAGAUAACUGCAGAGCUCAGCAGAAAGAAGAGAUCAGUUGAGGAAGAAAUCUGGAAACGUAAGAAAAUUGGAAGAAAAACAGAGAAGAUGGAAGCACAAGACUUUCUUGAAGAAGAGAAAAUGCCAUAUCUUCUAUUGAUCCUUGAUGACGAAGGAAACAAGACCAGUGAAGACAAAGUGAUGAAGGAUUUGGGCCUCGAGAAUUUUCUUAAAGGUCACUCACCUCUGAAAAUCAUCAUUACAAAAAGCAAAGGAUGUGAAUACACUACAAGUGAUGAGGGAACUACUCCGUACGCCACGUACGAGCCACAAGACACAAAGACUGAGGGGGGAUUUGAGUCCCAUCCCGUGGAUGCGUCCGAUGCGUUACUCCGCAGCCUUGACGAUGGUUACAUGCAAGAUUUAUUUUCGUCCUUUAUUUGGGGUACAACAACGGCUGAGUCACUUAAGAAAGCUUGGAAGAUUGAUCAAUUGAUAUCUUGCAUGGCGCGAAAAAGCAAUAACUUGCCCGCUGCACUCGUCAUGCUUUCCCAGUCCUUAAACUCCAUUACUCGACAGAGUACUUUCAAAAGUCUUUCUCCUAAACAAGAGAAUGUUAUAAAUGAAGUUUUAUCCCCGUGUGAGCCAGCCUAUUCAGUUUCCGGAUAUAAUCCUAUUCUGCAACUUGUUUAUCAGCUGUUGGAAACCGAUGACACAUUGAAUAACGCCAUCGUUGAUUGUUUCUGGCAUAGCUUGGACUUCUUUAAGCACUGCGGUUGUGUCCAUUACGUGGAACUGAUUACACAGUGGAUACUUGAAGGCUAUUUUGAUCCUGUUCGAUCUGUUUGGAAGGCGUAUAAUGAUGGUUAUGCUAUCUUGGUGGAGCUUAUAAAACGAGGUAUUCUGAAGAUACAAGAGGGUGAUAUGGUUGUGCCAGAGAUGGCAAUGAACAGUUUAAUCGAUCUUCGGCCUCAUGGGGUCUUAGGCAGAUCUCGGCUCCGAUUUGGUAGGGUUUGUGGUGGGAACAAGAUCAAAGGUCUAGGGAAAAUUACCCAAAUAGAUGAUAUGAUAAAAACUGUACAAGCAAAGAAACGAGACCACAUUUGUACGAUUCUGGUUAGUGGAAACCGUCUACGUAGUGAAAUACCUUCCGAGUUCUUCGAGCAGAUGGCGGGUCUUGAAGUACUUAUUCUUUUUGAUCCAACAUUGGAAUGUUUAACCGAGCAUUUAAGAGAUCUACGGAAACUCCGAGUUCUUGUCAUCAGGAAUUGUGACUUACUGUCAGAUAUAGAGGAGCUUAGGUCUCUACAAGGGCUAAACGUUCUUGAAGUUUCUGGGGCUAGCUCGGUGGAAACCAUCUCUGAUGACUUCUUUGCCUCAAUAUCUGGACUUCAAACUCUGAACCUCUCUGGACUUCGGAUCAAACACUCACCUUCCAGCAUUUCUCAACUGAAGAACCUCCACAGUCUCAUUCUUAGGGACUGUCCUGUUUUGAAAGAUUUGCCAGACAUACAGGAACUAGAGAAGCUCGAGGUUGUUGACGUUCAUGGUUCACACAACCUAGAAAAUCGCUUCAGGAAAAGAUUGGACACACGCAGUAUCCAAACCUUCUCUCGUCUUCGACAGCUUCAGCUUGUUGACUUUUCAGAGAGCAAAAUAAAACGACUUCCAAUGUUUCAUGGUGCUGCGGUGGCUGACAAGCUUCACUCCUUGACGCGGCUCUCAUUGCAGAAUUGUAGCAAUUUGAUGAAAUUGCCCAAUCUUAAACCGUUAUCGGGUCUCCAAAUUCUUGAUCUUUCUGGCACCACCAGCUUAGUGGAUAUUGCGGCAGUGUGCUUCGAGCAGAAAGAGGAGCUCAAAAUUCUUAAUCUGUCAGGCACGAAGAUUAUCAAAUUGCCUUCCACCAUCUCUGAGCUAUCCAACCUCAGUCAACUUCUCCUACGGGACAGCUCCAAUCUAGAAGCUAUCCCAAAUGUCAAGGGACUCACAAGCCUCGAAGUCUUUGAUGUUUCCGGGUGCACUGAGUUGCAUACAAUUGAGGGAUCCUUUGAGGACAUGUUUUACCUGCGUGAAGUUAAUCUCUCUGGCACCAGGAUGGAAACCUUACCAGAGUUGCCAGAGAAGAGCAAUAUCGGUUGUUUGAAGCUCAUUGUUCUGCCAGAUUCAAGAAGAUUGGAACAUGAUACUUGGAGCCAAGUAAAGGAGGCCAUAACAAAUGGGAUGUCUGAGAGUCUGAACCCUUCUGAUACGGGCGAUGAAAUCCAAGUAAUCUCAAGAGAGGAGUCUGGAAGACUAGGAAAGAAACUGUUGAAUGAACACUGGGCCUUUGAUCGAGCCUUAAAUCAUAUAUACAGGGAUGUCUAUAUGAACACAAUACCGUUUGUUGAUACCAAAAAUCAUCAGGAAAUCUUAGAGAUUCAUGGAUCUAAUGGCGUCGAUCAAGAUGAGGAAAACUUAUCUAAAGCCGAGUCUGUAGCUUUUGUGGACAACAGCGCCACAAGUCUCUCAUCUAUCUUCAAUAAGUUGGCAUCUGUGAAAGGUUGUUGGGUGGAGAUGUGCAGGGAGAUAAAAAUCCUUUUCUCUGGUGUAGAUGAGGAACGUCUGGGACACCUGGAGACUAUAUCAAUAACGAAUCUUCCAUGGUUGGAGAGUAUAUGCAGCAGCAGCUUUGAGAAUCUGAAAAACCUAAGCCUAGAUUGUUCCCCAAGUAUCAUAACACUCUUCCCUGCAUCCACGCUUCCCACCAGCCUAGAGGUCCUGAAAAUAAAGUUUUGUGAGAAGCUGGAGAAAUUGUUUGAAGAAGAAGUCGAAUUGCCAAAUCUGCACACACUGUGCCUUUUUGAGUUGCCUGUGCUAUCCGCUGUCUGUGCUAAGUUGCCUAAUCUGGAGAAGUACAACAAAGACAAAUGCCCAAAGCUGAAAAGUUCGCAGGAAAAUCUCAAAAAAGGGAACGGCUCAAGUGAAAUUCUUUGUGAUCCGGGCUGCGAAAAGGUUGAGCAGGGUGAGUUUUUGUGA